AUGCGCGCAGAGCUCAAGUACAGCUACAGCGCGUACUUUCAGGUCGUCACGUCGUGGCGCGAUCCCCGAGGUCAGUCGUCGUGCGCUGUCCUUCACAGCGCCGCGCUCGCAAACUACCUUUCCCUCGUUCGGACCCCCAUUGCCUCUCGUUCCCCCAUUGCUGCUCGCUCCCCCAUUGCCGCUCGCUCCCCCAUUGCUGCUCGCUCCCCCAUUGCCGCUCGCUCCCCCAUUACCGCUCGCUCCCCCAUUGCCGCUCGUUCGCCCCAUCGCCCCUGCCGAUCGAUCCUUCCCCCUGCGAUGCGCCGCUGCAUCGUGAACGCGCACGCGUUUCGUGUCGUCGUCCGCCCGCCCUGCACCGCUCGCGUGCCACUUUAUCCGGUGCAUGCAUACACUCGUACCUCUGAAUUGCAAGCCUAUAAAAAACCCACCCUUGUGUGUCCGCGACCACUCACUCCCCCCGUCUCCCCUCCUUUCCCCUCAUCCCCUCAACCCCUCGCUCCCCUCCUUCGCCGGUGUGACAUCAUGCCCUCUCUCCCUUCCUCUCCCUUCCUCUCUCUUCCUCUCCCCUCUCCCCUCUCCCCUCUUCUCCCGGUCGCCAGCUCCCCGGGCGCAGUGAACAACACGUUGGGGGUGAUGAAGCACAGCGUGCUCUUACCACCAUCCCUCUUCAACCAUCCCGCCCUUUUUCCCUCCCGUCCCCUCCGCUGCUCCCCCCCCCUGGACAUGUGUGCUCGCGCCAGACAAGGCGCCCCUCCUGUGCGCCCUUUUUCCCCCCUCCUGUGCGCCCUUUUUCCCCCCUCCUGUGCGCCCUUUUUCCCCCCUCCUGUGCGCCCUUUUUCCCCCCUCCUGUGCGCCCUUUUUCCCCCCUCCUGUGCGCCCUCUUUCCCCCCUCCUGUGCGCCCUUUUUCCCCCCUCCUGUGCGCCCUUUUUCCCCCCUCCUGUGCGCCCUUUUUCCCCUCUCCUGUGCGCCCUUUUUCCCCCCUCCUGUGCGCCCUUUUUUCCCCCUCCUGUGCGCCCUUUUUCCCCCCUCCUGUGCGCCUUUUUCCCCCCUCCUGUGCGCCCUUUUUCCCCCCUCCUGUGCGCCCUUUUUCCCCCCUCCUGUGCGCCAGACUCAAAAACCCUUUCUUCCCCCUCCUGUGCGCCCCUUUUCCCCCCCUCACCUCCCCUCCGCCAUCCCUUGUACGCGUGCGCGCAUGGCAGACGGGGCUGCCGCAGCUCAAGGACUGCAAGAAGCCAUGCACACCGGCAGGCACGCGGUGCUGCGAUGGCGUGUGGCUGCCCUCUCUCAACAUCCCCAACGUCAUCUUCUUCCCGCAAGACCGAUACGCCACCGAGAGCAUCUACUUCUUCGGCGACAUAGGCCCGGACAUGAGCGCUGUGGACCGCGAGGUGGUCGUGGAAGGCGAGUUCUCCUCCCCGUUCAACUUCCAGCGCUUCCCCUUCGACACACAAGACCUGCGGUUCACAGUGACGGUGGAGAGCGGCAACAUCUACCUGGUGACGUCCAACUCGGGGCGGCAGCAGGAGCAGGCGUCCAAGGGCCUCAGCGGGGGCGGCGGGGGGGGCUUUUCCUCGGACGAGGUCACGGGCUGGCGCAUCAGCCGCGUGGGACUCAACUGCUCCGCCAGUUCUUCAAACACCGCAGUCUCGGAUCUCGCUAACUAUGCCCAAGAUGACCCGUGGGCGCAGGUGAGCAGCAGUGGUGGGGCAGCGGACCCAUCGAAGCCCACCACGUGUGUGUUUGUCAUCUCCAUCUCGCGCACCAGUGGCGUCUACGUCCUCUCUGUGAUUCUCCCGGUGAUGCUGAGCGUGUAUCUGACCUUCUCGGUGUUCUUUGCCAAGCCAGAGGACCUGGAGGUCCGCUCUGCCACCUGUGUCACGCUCUUCCUCGCCCUCGCCGCCGUGCAGUUUGUCAUUGACAGCCAGCUGCCGCGCACGUCAGCCAUAACGCAGUUUGGGUACCUUGUAAUCACGUCCUACAUCUUCAUCAUGCUCACAACCAUCGAGACUGUUAUCGUCUUCUGGCUCUCCGACCGGAUAGAAAAGGACGUGGUGGCGUCAGUGAGCAAGCGGUUUACAUCGCGCCGAGACACGCCGCCCACGCCAUCAUCGCACGACACGUACAACACGCUCUCGGUGGAGCUCAUGAAGUCACAGCCGCCGCCUCCCAGCGGCGGGGAGGGAGGGAGUGAGACGAGCGCGGAGGAGCGGGACAACGGGGAGGCGAAGCCGCCGAGCACGGGUGGACAGGCGAUGGGGCCUUCUGAUGGGCACGGGGGGGUUGAGAAGCCGCACGAUGAUAUCAAGUGCAACCCAAGUGUCUGGCCUUGGGGAUGCCUUCAUCGCUGUGGUUACCGUUACAAGUCGAAGACAGAGGGACACGAAGAUGAGGCCAAUUAUAAGCUUGCGGUUGCGAUUGAUGCUGUUUGUUUCGUCGUCUUCUUCGUUGCGUACACAGUAGUGUGCAUCGUGCUUUAUGCGUAA